GUGACCUGCGAUCCUGAGCCCAGACCUCCAGGAGCCUCGGAGAGCUGUGGUUAGGAGCUGCCACCAUGUCGGGGAAAUUUGAGGUUACGAACAUGGACAUGAAGUUGGGGGCAACCCUGAAGAUUAAGGGCAAGAUUGCUGGUGAUGCUGAUGGGUUUGUGAUUAAUCUGGGCCAGGGGUCAGAUAAAGUGAACCUGCAUUUCAAUCCACGCUUCCACGAAUCCGUCAUCGUCUGCAACUCACGGGAUGGCAACUGGGGGCAGGAGCAACGGGAUAAGCACAUGUGCUUCAGCCCAGGGUCAGAGGUCAAGUUCACCGUGACCUUUGAGAAUGACGGAUUCAAGGUGAAGCUGCCAGAUGGGCACCAGUUGACCUUUCCCAACAGGCUGGGCCACAGCCACCUGAGCUACCUGGGAGUGCAGGGCGGGCUGAAGGUCUCCUCCUUCAAGAUAGAAUAAGCAGGUAGCAGCUCAGGGGGGGUGAAAGACCCCCUCCCUGGUGCAGAUUCCCUGUCCUGAGCUUUUACCCCGUCACACAGGAUGAGCAGCCACUGGCUUCUGUUUCCCUACCAGCAGCCCUGCCCCUGGAACCCUACUCUCCUCCCCUAAGACUAAGAAUAAACAAAAGAACCCGC